AUGUACUCUGGAUCUUCCCCACGCUCUACACAUAUCGCUGAAGCACAGGAUAACUCUUUGACAUCAUUGCAAGCACAAACUUCAACUGUUAAUGGAGACAAUAUGAAUAUUUAUACUGGAAAACCCACUUCGCCUCUUCCUCUGGAAGUUUACUGUGCACCAUCGGCAACAUACGUGCCGUAUAGGGUUACAAGCCCUUACGACACUUCAGGAUCAACACAAUACAUUUCACCGAAUUACACUAUGGUCGAUAAAGCACAGAUGGAUGAGACUGACAGAAUACGUUUACAGACGUCGCCGAACGCAAAUGGGCAGCUGGAGGCAAUCACCGUUCGGACAACUACCACAACUAGACGGACAACGGUGUUUAGUCCCAUUCCGAAACCACCCUACACGAUAGUGUAG